CGGAGAUGAGAUGAAAGCUUUGCAGCAAGCCAUUGGAGUUUUAAGAACUAUUUUAACAUCCUCUGAUACUAUUUCUUCCAUUGAGCAGAAAAUGACAUGCUCAUCUGCACCUAACGUUGUUCACAGCACAGCGGAAAAGUGAAAUGAGACAACUUUUCAGACCAGGGGGCAACUCACAAGUCAGUGCUACAGGCAGCUCACGCUACACAAGACCAAACCGGAGGAUCACGGCAGUCUUUGCGAUAUCAAACGCAGCAACACUUUGGCAAUUGGGUCUCUCGUCCGAGGAAAAGGCUGUGAUCCCCACAAGAACAGGAAGAGGAGCUGCGGUGCCAUUACGUUACAGUGGAGGCAGCGGGCAGAGUCUGUGUGUGGCAGUAUGUGUAAGGACACACGUCCGUGUGCACGUGUCCACAGCAGGCUUACAGCUGGUGGAGAACGCAACGUACACAUAUGAGCUGCUGUUCUACAAAGCCAUAGAGGAGCAUCCGGAUGAUGUUGGCUCUGCCACUGAGAAGUCCAGGCACAUGGUGCUCAAGUACCUCCUAGGCACGGCUCUGGACAACGCCAGCAGCCGGCGCCCCAGGCAACCCCAAAGUCGAGGAGCAGGCUGGUCUGGACGACGAUCGUAGAAAUCAGCUGUCAAGGAUGGGUCACAGAUGUCUGCUGCUUGGACCUAGUUGCGAUCCUCAGGGCCAUACCCUGCUCAGUCCACUAGGUACUGGACCCGACCUGUUCCUCGUGUGGAGGAAUGGUGCAGGGAGUUUUGAGUAUCAUCCACCCAGGGAAGAAAGUGUGUUCACUCACCUGGACGUUCCAUGUAUUAGGACCAGAGGAACCUUCCCAGCUCUUUAUUAGUACGCUCCGCCUGCCCGUUAGUCUGUGGGUGAUACCCGGAUGUGAGGCUGACCACGACCCCCAGCCUGGACAUGAAGGCUUUCCAGACACGGGAUGUAAACUGGGGUCCGUCACAAUGUCCUCCGGAAGCCCAAACAGCCAGAAAACCUGCUGAAAUAAUAUGUCAGUGGCCUGCAGGGCAGAGGGGAGGCCGGGUAGUGGGAUGAAUCUGACCAUCUUAGAGAACCUGUCCACCACCACAGUGAUGGUGGUUUUCCCCUCUGCAGGUGGAAGGUCUGUGAUGAAGUCCACUGACAGGUGUGACCAAGGCCACUGAGGUACUGGGAGGGGGUGGAGCUUCCCCACUGGAGCCCUUCACCACCCCAGUGGGCCUGGCGGGGGUUGAGGCGCCACGCUGCUCUGAUGUACUCAAGGUUCCUUUGGUCUGUUAGGACAGUGGAGAGGAAAUACAACGUCUCCCGGGCCCCUCUAGCCAGUCUCCACUCCUCCAGUGAUAACUUGACCACCAGUAGCUCUCGGUCACCCAGGUCGUAGUUCCUCUCCACAGCAGACAGUUUGUUGGAAUAGGAGGUACAGGGGUGUAGCCGGGGGGGGGUUUCUGUGGUGCUGGGAGAGGACCGCCCCCACCCCGACCUCCGACACAUCCACCUCCACAGUGAAGGGCGUAAGGGGGUCUGGAUGUUUCAGGAGGGGUGCCGUUGUGACCCAGUCCUUAAGAUGGAGGAACACCCUCUCCACGUCUGGGGAGCUGUAAUCAUCGAGAUUGGAACAAAAAAGGCUUGAAAUGUUUCACUUGAUGUGUAACGAAUCUAGAAUAUAUGAAGGUGUCACUUUUUGAUUUGAAUCAAGGAAAACAAUAUUCCACAAUAUUCUAAUUAUUUGGGAUGUGACUGUAUAUGUCAUCCAAGGCCCAGAAUUCUGUCUCUGUGUCUGCAGGAGUCUGAAUAUACUGACAUUUACAUUCUGAAAAUAGAAUGAACACAGUCACAUGAAAGACAUUUAAAAUCAUGUGUUCACUAGUUAUGUGUAAAAACAAUAAUGUUACUAUAUAAAUGACUUUCUGUAGAAGUAACUACUUGAAAGCAGAAAGCCAGAUUACAAUGGUUGUAAUAGUCAUGGUUGUUGUGGGUUCAGUUGUCAUGAAGGACAGAUCUCAGUCAUGAAGUGUUCAACUCACAGGGUUAUAAACACUAUAAGAGCCUCUUGGUAGAUGCGUUAUGCAUAUUAUUGUGUCUAAUCAAUUUCAGUGCAGGAUCCCAUUAUUAGAAUGUCUUUGACAUUUUAUAACUUCAAACAGGUCAUAUUAUUUUAAGGUCAGUAAUAUAUUUUUAAUUGUAUGACUCACAAUAAGAUUUGUAUUCUGUUGAUCAAAUAUAACUGGUCACCCAAGACUGGCCUCUGUUAUAAGUUCCUCAAAUGAAUCAGGUUCAUACUCAUACUCAUACAUACUUCUCUAAAUGUAUGUUGGUAUGAUUCUUCUGAUAGUGUUGUCAGUCCUCUGUGAAUUUACCUAAACUGUUAUAUCAGAGACCCACAUCUUUAAUAAAGGAAUAUACAACAUGGAUCACAAUUAUCAUGGCUGUUCUCUUUAUGGACCAUAUGGAGGAAUACAAACACGGAAUCUAAUAAUGGACUGUACCUACAGGAUAGAGGAAUACCAGAUAAACAGUAGAAGGAACAAAUAUAAAUAUCUGGAUUAAAAUAUAUAUUUCCUU